CUUGGUGGAAGUCAUUCAGUAGGACGACUGUACAGUAAUAACACAGAAAACGAGAAGUGUCAUAUAGAUAUUGUUAAAGUUUCAAAGCGUGUGAUGUUGCGUUUAGAUUAUUCCAUCAUUAGUCAAGGUUGAAAAUAUUUCAUUAUUCCACACAAUAUAGACAUAUCGGAUUUUGUGUCACUUGAUACUGAUAAUGGAGACAAUUGACCAAGCAAUUGUCCACGAUGAUGCACCACUUUGUGUCAAUGACAGUUUUGAAAAAAUUAAUUUGAAACGAAUACCGAGUGAUACAUCAUCAUGCAUAAAGUCAAGAUAUACGUUUGGUUUUCUUGGAUUUUUAGGAUUUGCUUUGGUGUAUGCGAUGAGAGUCAAUCUUUCUGUUGCUAUUGUAUCUAUGGUGAAUCAGACUGCAUACCCAGACAACGACAAUAAUAGCAACUGACGUUUGUCCAAAAGUUGGUCAAUUAAUGGAACUUUCAUUCCGAGUCCAGGAGAGUUCAACUGGGAUGAAUCAACCCAAGGUAUUAUUCUUGGAUCCUUUUUUCUUGGCUAUGUUCUCACAAACAUACCUGGUGGAAGAAUGGCCGAAUUAGUUGGUGGAAAACUAAUUUUUGGGCUUGGUGUCCUUUUUACUGCUAUACUUACUGUUGUAAGUCCUUUUGCGGCGUACUGGGGACUUGGACCAUUCCUUGCUGUAAGAAUCGCCGAAGGUUUUACAGAGGGAGUAACUUUUCCAGCUAUGCAUACUAUUCUGGCGAAAUGGGUUCCACCACUGGAGCGCAAUAAAUUUGCCGCUUUUGUUUAUUCAGGUGCCAAUUUUGGAACUGUAAUUUCACUUCCGGUGAGUGGGUGGUUGUGCUCUUUAACUCUUUGGGGUGGCUGGCCUCUAGCUUUUUAUUUGUUUGGAAGCUUGGGAAUGGUGUGGUACAUCUUUUGGCUACUGUAUGUUUAUGAUACUCCAGCUGAGCAUCCAAAAAUCGAUCCUCAAGAAAAGUUGUACAUCGAAGCACUUGUUGAACCAAAACAUGAUAAUAAUGCGAGUGUACCUUGGUAUCACAUAUUGACAUCUGGACCAAUGUGGGCAAUAACAAUAACACAAUGUGGUCAGUCUUGGGCAUUUUACACUCUUCUGACUGAAUUACCAACUUAUAUGGACCGAAUACUUCAUUUUGGUGUUCAACAAGACGCAUUUCUCUCAACUUUGCCUUACUUAACUGCUUGGAUAAUGGGUCUAGUUAUAUCAAGUUUUGCUGAUUCACUUUUGGAACGUCGUUUGUUGACACCGCUAACUUCAAUGAAAUUUUGGAACACUAUCGGUUCUCUUGGACCAAGCCUUAGUUUUCUUGGUGCAAUUUGGGCAGGAUGCGAUCGUGUUUGGGUUAUGAUUAUGCUUUCAGGAUUAGGAUCACUUCAAGGAGCUAUUUACUCGGGUAAUCAAAUGAAUCAUAUUGUUUUAGCACCAAGAUACGCAGGAACUCUUUAUGGAUUCAGUAAUGCUUGUGCAAAUGCCUGUGGUUUUCUCGCCCCAUAUGUAGUUGGUUUACUCAUCAAAGAACAUGAAACUCUGUCUCGUUGGCACAUUGUUUUUUGGCUUGCUGCUGGUAUAAAUAUGACAACGAAUUGUUUCUAUCUCUUUCUUGCAUCGGCAAAAGAGCAGCCCUGGAGCAAGGGUAGUACUUGAUUAUGAAUAUUUGAAUUGAAUAUUAUCACUUACCCAGAUAUCCCAGACAACACGUCACAUUUAUAUUAUUAUAAAUGGUAAAUUUUAUUAAUAAAGUAUUGCUACUUUCUACAUGUUGUGGCCAGACCGCACAAGUCAGAAAUCAUUCUACGUUAAUAAUAAAUGAAUGGAAUGACUUUAAUUUAAAAUUCUAUAAUUACUCAAAAAAUUGAUUAGGAAUUAAUAAUAAACAUCUAAAUUAUAUAAUUAUGAUAUCCCUGGUAAAAAAAAACUGGCAGAAUCUGACAGAAUAAUCUGCAAGAAUCUGGCAGUUGUUCCAAAAACCACUAAACCAGUCUAAAUCUGUAAGAAUCUGUGAGACUCUGCCAGAAUUGGUAAGAAUUUGUCAUUAUCUGCCAGAAUCUGCCUGACUGUUUUCACCAGGAAAUUCUAAAAAAAAAAAAAAAAAAUCCUGGACGAAUUAUUGUAGUUUCUAUAAACAUCACUGUAAGGUAUCAAGAAACUUCAAUCUCGAAGCGUUGCAGAUUUUUUGAACGUUAGUAUGUUUUUUAAUUUUUUAUAAGUACCAUAAUCUCAGUUCCUAUAUAGGUGAAUUAACUCUGACAAGAGCACACGUGAGAAUCUCUGAAUAACAACUAACGUAAAAUAACGAUAAAUGAGCUAUAAAAGAAUGAAUUAUAACAGACUAAUAAUUCGAUGACGACUUGAUGUCUCCUGAUCAAUUGUAUUAAUUCAAAAAAAUCAAUUAAUUAAAAAAAAACAAUAUUUAUAAAUUAACCUGACAGAAUCUGCCAGAUUUUUUUCAUCAGGGAUUUGAAAUAAUGAGAAAUAAUGGCUGUCGUAUAGCGUGAAAAAUGAUUUUUUAAAAAAUAUUUUAAGGAUGUUAUGCAGAAAUUACUCUUUUUUUUGAAUAUAAUGAGAAUGUUUUGAAAUUUUGUACACAAGUAGAUCUUUUCAUUCUAAAUACAACGGUAUAAUUAUUUUCUUAUGUUGAUCGGUUAAGGUAUAACCGGCCAAAAUGAAAAAUAGUCUGAGGCUCAUGAAAUUAAUAAUUUAGAUAAAUGAAAUAAUAAUGCAUCUUUUUGUCAAUUCAGUUUUUAAGUUAUAAGACUUUUUUUUUUUAAAUAAUUAUUCAAAGUUGACAUAAUUUAGAGAGGUUAAACAUGGGCUCUUAUGGGAGGAGGUGUUAGAAAAUAUCUACGAACUAAACAAAACAAUACUUGUUUUGGUCUCACCUAUCCCAAAAACUAAUAGAUAAUGAAAGAAAAAAUAAGGAAUUUUUUGAUAUCAGGAUGAAAUGGGCUUAUAAGACCAAAUCUCACGUAAUUAAUAAAAAUAUAAGCUAAAAACACGAUUUUUAGCAAUUUUAUGAGAACAAGUAUUGAGGCUCUGGCAACAGCGCAUUGGAGCGGGAAAAUUUAAACAGCAAAUUUAGCAAAAUUUAGCAUCCAUGUUUAGCUUUUACACAGCUGACACACACAUACAUUCAUGAAAUAGAUAUUAAGAUGGCGUCAAGAUCAGUGUUGCAAACUGACAAAAAAAGCACUAUUGCCGGGGUCAUUACGAGAAAAUAAAAACUAAUUAAAAUUGUUUAAAUUACAAGAAUAUGAUUUAUCAUGCAAUAACAUAGACGAAAUGAUAAGAUUCUCUAGUAAAAAGUAUUAUUAAUAAGCCACAAACGACCGAAAAAGAUCCAUUUUUUUAGUUAUUUGGGGUUGGCAACGCAAAAACUAUCUAUGUAAAAAGCAUAGGCAGUAUAUUUAAGACACGCCCCCAAAAAUUUUGGCCGGUUAUACCUUAAAUUUUUUGUAAUUAAUUAUUGAAAAUAAUAUUUAACAUUGGCUCUUAUGGAGAUUUCAACCAUUUUUUUCGGAUAGAAAAAAUGAUGAAAAAGUCUUGAAAAAAAUCACACAUAUACUAGAAACCGAGUUUUAUUAAUUGCGCGAAAAAUUUUCAUACACGGAACAAAAUUUACAUUUUUUUUUAAUAUAAUAGCAUAUAGCAAUUUUUGCGUUGUGUUACAGUAAGCUGGUACCAUAAGAGCAUCAUAUUAAAAAUCGAGAUGGAACAUAGCAAUUUUCAUUGAAGAACGCCACCUAUACUGGCCAUGCGACCUUCCGCGGUGUAGCAUAGUAAUUUUUAAAAUGGUCAAACGCAAAAUUUGCUUUGUUUAUAAACGCUCAAAGAAAUAAUUAUAUAAAAAAAUUUUUUUGUUUGUUUUUUUUUUUUUUCUACAAUAAAUACGUAGACAUAAAAAACCGUCCAGGCUCAGAACUUGAACCCCAUACCUUUCGGUUACAAACCCUACACGGUAUCCGUUGCGCCACGAUACCGCAUGUGAAAAUAAAGUUUUAUUUGUUUUACAUCAACAAUCGGAAAAUAAGCAAAGUCACGCAUGCGCAGUCGACUAAAAAGUGGGGACUGUUGACAUUUCUGAGUCCGUCAUCAAUUUUGCUAUGCCACAUUGUAAUUUUAAAUAUGUUGCUUUGUAUUUGUUAGUGACACUUACAGGAAUUCCAAGAAAGCUUUUAAAAUUACUAUGCUACAUUGUAAAUUUUCAGAGGAUCAUUUUAAUUUUGUCCACAACAACAGAGUAAAAUUUAUAAAUAUACAAAGCCAAAAAAAAAAAAAUAUUUUUUGCUAUGCUGCAAUGUAAUUUUUAGGCUGGAUUAUUUUAGAUUUUAAAUUUGGGUUCUGUAAAAGAUUCUUUAUGCGUUGUAAUUUUUUCAUCGGGAAAUAGCAAAAAAAAAAACGUGAGAAAAUUGCUAUGGUACAUUUUAAUUUUUCAAGACUACAAUUGUUUUUUUUCGUUUAAAUGAUAGUAAAUUUUUUGAUAAUCAAAAGAUAGUUCUAUGGUAAUGUGGCAGCAUAGUAAAAUUUGGUGAAAAUUUUUUUCCGUGUAUGUUGAUCGGUCAAUUAAUGAGAAAUUAAUUAUAAACUUUACAAAAAUUGGAUGUGGCAACGUAUGGCAUGUUCAAACACACACACAUACCCGCAAUCCCAUAUAUUGUAUACGGGGCGCAGGCGCUUUUCACUUUAUUUUUUUACAGUGUAGUCAGAUUUCAGUUUUGUCUGUGACGUCAGAAGCGCCCUGCAACACCUGCAAUGAAUUUGUGCAUGACCUCCUUAAUUGAGAAAAAUUUGUUUACCCUAUAUGGCAG